AUGACAAAUCAAUUUACCAAUUGGAUAAAUUCUAGUCAAUUAAAUUAUGUAAUUAAAAUUAUAAAGUGGAUAUUUAAUUUCUUGAAUGGAUUGUUGAAUGGUGUACAAUGGAAUUUUAUUACGUACAAACAACAGAAAGAGGAAUAUAGGAAAAUUAAGGAGCAUAACAAAUCAAAUAUUAUUGAUUUUGGGUUGGAUCCAAGAUGGCAACAAAUCAGUGAGAAUACAUACAAAUUUAAUUUUGAUAGACAAGCACUCGAUCAAAUACGUCAAACUUUUCAAAACACAAAUGAAAAAUUGAGCUCUAUUUCUAUUAACCAAUUGAUUGCAGAUAUUCAACAUUUGAGUGGAAAGCUCAAUUUUUCCACAACUGUUCAAUCUCAAUGGAAAUCUUCGAGCAAUUUACUAGGAAAUCAAAAACAAAGAAAAUUGAGACAGAUCAAACAUGAUUUGUAUAUGGCAAAGAGAAGAAAUAUUUUCAGAGAAAAGGUUUAUGAGCAAAAGUAUUUCAUUUUGAAUGGUAAAAAACCUCCACCAAACUCCAGUAAUUCACAAGAUGACCUAAUGAUCCAUGUUUAUAAAACACAAUUAGAUAAGGAGAGAAAUCAAAAGAAGGAAUUUCACAUUAUUCAAGACUUUGAUUUCAUUGACCAAUAUUUUAAGGAAAUACUUCAAGAUUCCAUUGAAAUCGAAUAUGAACAAUCUGUGUUUACACAAAAAUCCAUGCAAGAUAUUGAACAAGAAAACGAAACACUCAAUCAACUCAUUCGUUCAUACUUUUUUGAUGUCAAGCAAAGAGACGAAGCAAUGAGAAGAACCAACAGAGAAAUAUUCAAAGAACAUGAAGAUGAUCCAUUCCUAUUGGCCUUCCCUGAAUUUGAUUCACCUUCCUCACGUGAAAACCCUUUCUAUGACUCGACAGCAACUCUUUCACCAGCAACCUCUUUCCUACCUAAACUUUCAACACUCUCAAUGAAGACUGAAAUAGAUAGAGAAAGAAGGAGAAGUCUUUUAUUGUCAUCCCCUUCUUCAUUGAAUAAUGCCUCCUCUCCAACUACUCCUGAGGAUGAACGACAAACAUCAAGCAACACCAAUGCCCCAUCAUUGUCAUCACUUGAUGCAAUUAGAAUAGAGCAAGUUAAAAACAUUGAACAUGAACGUGUUGCUUCUCUCCUCUCAACACUCAUGAUGAACGAUGAUAGAAUGAAGAGAAAUACUUCUUCCUACUAUAUUCAACAACAAAGUCCCCUCUUGAGUGAAGAAGGCUUUAUGAAUCAGGACACUAAUGAAAAUUAUUCGGAAGGAAAUUAA